AUGAUAACAGAAUUUAAUAACGAUGUUGAUAAACUUUUGAAUAAUUUAACUGCUCAAUCUCAUAAUCGUGUUAUAACUCCACGAGAAGCAAAUCGUCGUCGAACAUUAGUUGAUACAAUAAAACAAUCGAAAGAAGAAAUUGAAACAACAAUGAGAAAAAAUCCGCGUUUUGCACCUGCUGUUGAAGCAGAAUAUACUCAAGGUUUAACAAGUGAUGAAUUUGCUGAACUUCAUUCAAAUUUACGAAAAAAUAAUGAUGAAGCUAUUGAUGCAUUACAUGCCAUAGUUAAACGUCAAAAAGAAAUCGGUGUUGCAAUGACAUAA